AUGCAAAUUCUCUUAUUUACUGCCUACUUAAUGCUUUGCUCAAAAGCAAUCGAAGAUACAGAAUGUUGCACACUCGACAAUACUAAAAUGUAUAACCAAAAAAUAACAAAUAUUGUGUAUCUGCCAGCACAAAAAGUUGAGAUUGGUGCAAAAGCAUUCAAAGGUGCAACUAAAUUGGCAACAGUCACAAUAGCAAACAAAAUCAAGUCUCUUGGCGAUGAAGCGUUCAGUGGGUGUGUUGCUCUGACAAAAAUUGAUGUUACAGAACUCACAACAAUUCCAGCAAAGUGUUUUGAGGGUUGCACUUCUCUGGCAACAGUCACUGGGUUUGAAGCAGUCACUUCAUUUGGCGAGUCAUCGUUCACAAAAACAGCAAUGCCAACAAUCACUUUUGGUAAGGCGGUGACCGAGUUUGGAAAUAUGGCUUUCAAAGGAGUUACAGUUGUUACAGAUAUUGCAAUUCCAACAGUCACUUCAUUUGGAACAAAUGUUUUUGAUGGAAUCACAACUCUGAAACACGCCGAUUUGUCUGAAAAUACAAUGAUUCCUGAGGGUACUUUUUCAGGAUGCACUAUGUUGAAUAACGUUUCAAGAACACAGAAAGUUGCAACAGUUGGAAAAGACGCGUUCAAAGAUUGUGCCAAACUUGAAAACCUCAAUUUGUAUGCGCCACUCACAACAUUAUCAGACACACUGACAAAUGUGAUAAACUUGUUUUUCCAUGGUACUGCGGCACCAGCAACUCUCCCAAAUGAUUUGAACAGCAAACUGAAUGUGUAUGUCACUGAAAACUACACAGCCUCUGUGUUUGGAAAGUUGACUGUUCUCAAGGCGAAAUGCACAAACUCUGAGUGUGUUGAUGUCACUCCUGGUGUUGCACCAGCUGCAAAAAUGGCAGGAGAAGUCACACCAAAGUGCAAAGCAUGCCCAAACAAUUUCUUGAGUGUUGAUGGAAAUAACUAUUACUGCGAGUAUGAUAUGGCGGUUUGUUUGUCCAAGCAUCCCAAUUGCAAAGUGUGUGCUGUUGAUAAAUGCUACCAAUGCAAGGAUGAUAAAUACUUGAAGGAAGACCUCUUUGAGUGUUUUGAUGCAAGUGAUGAUAAGUAUUAUAGCGAUGAUUCAACCACAACUUCACAUAAAUGCAAGAAGUGUUUCCCAGAAUGCCAGAAUUGCACCGAUGGAAUUAAAUGCACUUCUUGUCCUAACAACGCACUGCUUCUUGAAGACACUGGAAAAUGUGUUACAGCCACUGAAUGCCCAUCUGGAUACUACAAAGAUAAAACAGCAGCAGCAACAUGUAAGAAGUGCAAAACUGGAAGCAAUUGUCUGACUUGUGAAUCUGACACAAAGUGUUUGUCUUGUAUUGAUGGAUUCUAUUUGGCAGAUGAAGGAAAAUGUUCUGCGUGUAACACAAUUGCUGGGUGUGGGAAAUGCAAGUCAGCCACCGAGUGCACUGAAUGUACAACUGACAAUCUCCAACCAGACAAAACUUGCAAAAAGAACUGCCCAGAAGCGUACUUUGCAAAGGAUAAGGUGUGCACUGCAUGUGUUGAUGAUUGCAAGACGUGCACCGAAGAAACCAAGUGCACUAUUUGCAAAGAAGAUGCUCUGAUUGUUGAAGACACCAAAAAGUGUGUGAAAGGCAACUGUCCAGAUAUGUAUUUCAAAGAUAAUGCUGAGAAGAUGUGCAAGAGGUGCACUGAUG